AUGAGUCAACCUCCCGUCGGUGCUCCUCCUUCUCAAGGUUAUCCGUCGUCGGACGGACAUGGUAACCCACCCAAGGACGCGUAUCCGCCGACGGGAUAUCCGGCACAACCUUAUCCUCAACAAGGAUAUCCUCCGGAAGGCUAUGCUCAGCAGGGAUAUCCUCCGCAGGGGCAGGGCUAUCCUCAGCAAGGUUAUCCUCCUCCGUAUGCACCGCAAUACCCACCACAACAACAACAGCAGCAGAGGAACAGUCCUGGUAUGCUUGAAGGAUGUCUUGCUGCUCUGUGUUGUUGCUGUGUCUUGGACGCUUGCUUCUGA